CGCGGACGGGCAGCGAUGCUGAUGAUGGCGGAGCGAGGGCGGGUGGCGCUCGUCCCGGGCACCGCGCUGCCCAAACCCGUGCCCAUGAACCUGUUUGCCACCUGGGAGGUGGAUAGGUCGUCGCCGAGCUGCGUGCCCAGGUUGUGCAGUCUCACACUGAAGAAACUUACUGUACUGAAAGAACUUGACAAGGAUCUGAACUCUGUGGUAAUUGGUGUUAAAAUGCAGGGUUCGAAGCGUAUCCUAAGGUCAAACGAAUAUCUUCUCCCGCCAGGGGGGCUGAUGGAGACCGAGUUAGCUCUCACCUUUUCAUUGCAGUACCCCCAUUUCCUGAAGAGGGACGCAAACACACUACAGAUCCUGCUGCAGAGGAGGAAGAGGUAUAAAAACCGCACCAUCCUCGGCUACAAGACAUUGGCGGUGGGCUCGAUCGAUAUGGCUGAGGUAAUGCAGCAUCCCACUGAUGGUGGACAGGUGCUCGGACUUCACUCCAACAUUAAAGAUGUGUCAGUGCGGGUCGCUGAGAUCAGCAUCUACUCCCUGUCCAGCCAGCCCAUUGAUCACGAGGAUGGCAGUGUAAUUGCGGGAGCCAAGACCAAACCCUCAGAUCAAUCUCCAGACAUUGAUAAUUACUCUGAAGAAGAGGACGACAGUUUUUCCUCUGAGCAGGAAGGCAGUGAUGAUGCUGUACCUGGCCAGGAUUUAUAUGACGAGGACGAUGAACUGAGGAAAGCCAAGAAGACUCGACGAAAGAUGAUGAGAGCAACUUCAAUAACGCGGCAACCCAACUUCAAACAGAAGUUUGUUGCCUUGCUGAAGAGAUUCAAAGUGACAGAUGAGGUGUUGGACUCAGAUCCCGUUGACCACACCCAGGAAGCAGAGGAAGAUCUCGACCUGCUCUACGAUAGCCUCGAAGUUUACAAUCCCAGCGACAGUGGUCCUGAGAUGGAGGAUAACGAAAGCGUUCUCAGCACACCAAAGCCCAAACUAAAGCCAUUCUUCGAAGGGAUGUCCCAUUCCAGCUCACAGACUGAGAUCGUCAGCCUCCACAGUCAGAAGAGCCAAACGCAUGAGCAGCCAAGCCCAGCAGAGCCUUCACUGUCAGACAGUAAGAACAUGACGGCCACCAGCCAGCAGGAAGAGGCUGCUGUUGAAUCCGUACCUGUGGAGCUGGUGGAUGUGGAUGUGAAGUCAGGCGAAGCAGACUCCUGGGAGGCAUCCAUGGAGCGGCUGCUGCCACUGGGGAAGAUCACAAAGACAGAAUCACAGCUGAUUAUGUCCCCCAGUAAGUCAGAAAGUAGGCAGCUUCGAAGGCCCAGGAGCACCUCCCUGAGGGAUCGACAGAACUCGAAGACGCAAGGUGACAGAGCCAGCAGUUUCGACAGCGAGUGCUUAUCUGACUCCAGAUUCAACAACCAGGUCCCUCGUAAGUCUGUCUACGACCAGCUGAACCAGAUCCUAGUGUCAGACGAGCAGCUUCCGGAGAGCAUCAUUCUGGUGAACACCACUGACUGGCAGGGGCAGUACCUGUAUGAGCGGCUGCAGGAGAGGAGCCAGCCCAUGGUGUGUACCUGCUCCACAGCAGACAUCCACGCAGCCUUCAACACCAUUGUCACCCGGAUACAGCGGUUCUGUAACUGUAAUUCCCAAAUGCCUCCUCCAGUGAAGGUGGCCGUGGCUGGAGACCAGGGCUUCCUCAGCAACAUCCUAAGGUUCUUCGUUGACCAGUUGGCGAACAAAACUCCGGACUGGCUGAACUACAUCCGGUUCCUCAUUGUCCCUCUGGGCUCCCACCCACUGGCCAAGUACCUGGCAUCAGUUGACAACAAAUACAACAGCUCCUUCAUGGACUCUGCCUGGAGGGACCUCUUCAGCAAGACGGAGCCACCCACCGCAGAGACUUUUGAUAUCAUCAGUCGCAUCAUGCAGUACGUGUCUGGAGCCAAUGUCUCCCACCAGCUCCCCAUUUCAGAAGCCAUGCUAACCUACAAACAGAAGAGGAAAAGGAGCCUGUAUUUUGAUUUUUAUAUCAGCCCUGAUGAAGAUUCGUGCCAGAAAUUCAUCCCUUUUGUUGGUGUGGUGAAAGUAGGCAUUGUGGAACAGUCACUGUCAGCCUCAGUUGACUCUGAUGAUGCCACGUUGUGCAACGUUAAUAUCUUAUCUCCAACGCCAGCCACCAACAUGACAUCGUACUCAAAAGAUAGCAAUGCCACUCCGCCACCUUCUCCAUCUGUCUCGGGUGUGCUGUCCGGACCUUGCUUGACGGGAGCUGGAGGGGAGGUGAUGGGACUGCAGGUUGACUACUGGACCACCCAGCUGCCCGAGAAGAAGAGAGAGGGUGAGAAGCGGGACAUCGGGAGUAAGAACACUUUGAAGAGCAACUUCCGCUCACUGCAAGUCACCCGGCUACCAAAUGGGGGUGAGAUGGUACCACCAGCUACUAUGCUGAUGACCGUGGUGACCAAAGAAAAAAAUAAGAAAGUGAUGUUUUUGAGUAAGAAGCCGCGGGAAAAGGAGCUGGACUCAAAGAGCCAGGUGAUCGAGGGGAUCAGUCGAUUGAUCUGUACUGCCAAACACCAGCAGACCAUGCUAAAAGUGUCGAUCGAUGGCGUGGAGUGGAAUGAUGUGAAAUUCUUCCAGCUGGCUGCUCAGUGGCCCACUCACGUCAAGUACUUCCCUGUGGGAAUAUUCGGCUACUCCAAGACAGCGUGACACUGGAUGUGGAUCAGACUCU